GAUGUUUCGUCAUUGGCAUGUCUAACAACUCCGGUGUGAACCAACGAAACAACCGCAAUCUUCAAGAUUCGCGUGUAAACGUUUUACAGACUCUCGGGUCUGUUUUGGGUGUGACCACUCAAUCUGAGGCGCUGGAUUUCCCAGUAUUUUCAUUUGACGAAAACAUUUUCCCUGGUUCACCAUGUCCACAAGAAAAUUUGAUGGAAUCGGUACUCUACGAUUCUGAGCAAAGUAAGAAAGUUUCAACUAUUCUGCAAGAUAGUCAGGGCCAGUUUGAUUUGGACCCGCUCUUAGAGAAUACAGUCGACAUUCGACAACUACUGAACAAUAGCACACAAGUAAACGACGCCACUUUAGAGAGCAUCAUUUUGGGGGAGAAGACCGCUGACCCAGUUACGGGUGUCCCAUUUAUUGAACUGCAACCUGCACAAGACAGUGUGUUGCCAACAUUCAAAGAAUUUGACUUUAUGACAAACCAAGAGCAAACAUCAAAGAUAUCGGAGGCCGGCUGGUCGGCCAGUGAGGGGGAGGAAUACAGCACGUGUGACAUCGAGAGUAUCGUGAACUCUCCCUCCCAAUCGGAGCACGACGUCACAUCAUCGACUCUCACCCCUCCCACCUCACCUUUUGAAAUAGUUCGUGGCCGUCCUGGUAGGAAGCCAUCCGCCGCCGGACCCCUCAGACCAAACCGAAAGAAACAGCCACCUAAGGGCACUGAAGAAUAUGUAGACAAGCGAGUGAGGAACAAUAUCGCAGUGAGAAAAAGCCGGGACAAGGCGAAGAAAAAGCAGCAAGAGACCGAACAAAGAGUGCACGAAUUGUCAACAGAAAACGAAAACUUACAAAAGAAAUUAGACUUACUAACAAAAGAACUUAAUGUGCUCAAAAGUUUAUUCAUCAAUGUUGGAGCCUCCUUACCCACAAAGUUCGACGAAAUCAUGUCCAGGUGACACACGAUCAACCAAUAGACGAGUGAUAAGGCCCGAUGUCUGUUCGGGUUUUCCUGUAUAUAGUGACAAUGUCUACCAUGUAGAUAGUAUAAACUUGAUCUUUUUUACUUGUAAAAAUUGUACAAACACAGAACUGAACGGCGACAAUGCUGUUGAAGUAACAAGUUAUUGUUGUUGUAUUUUUAAAUACUUAACUUUUUUACUUAAAUGUAUCAUUAAAAAUGAAAUAUUAACAUUUA